AUGUCGAAUCACGUUCUUGUCUUGGGCGGCAGCGGAAAGAUAUCGCAAUUGCUAACACCCCUGCUCUUGCAGCGGUCCUGGACGGUUACUAGCAUCAUUCGCAACCCCGACCAGGUUGCGAGCCUGCAGAAGUUGGGUGAAAACCAAAAAGGAAAACUCAAUGUCCUCGUGAGAAACCUCGACGAGGUGAAGAGUGAGGCGCAGGCCAGGAGCAUCAUUGAUGAGGUCAAGCCGAACUACGUGGUCUGGAGUGCAGGCGCCGGAGGUAAAGGGCCCCCAGAAAGGACUUUCACCGUUGAUCGCGAUGCUGCAACAUACUUCAUCCGCGCAUCCGCUGCUACGCCUCAAGUCACCAAAUUCCUGAUGAUCUCGUUCAUCGGCUCCCGCCUCAAGAAGCCGUCCUGGUUCAGCAAUGCAGAUUGGGAACAGCAACUGAAGGGGCGGCAGAAGCUACAGAAUUACUACGAAGCCAAGAUCGCCGCCGACGAGGUCCUUUACACCGAGGGCAAGAGGCGCAAGGACUUUGCAGGCAUCAACCUCCGCCCGGGUCUGCUCACUGAUGAGCCUGCGGGCAAAGUCGAAUUGGGCAAGCUGUCAAAGCCCAAUGGUCCUAGUAGCCGGACGUCUGUCGCGCACCUAGCGGCGCUUCUCCUUGACAGCCAAGACGUCAGGAGCUGCUGGCUAGAUAUGCUGGAUGGCAGCGAAGACCCAGAGGCGGCCGUGCAGCGUGUUGUAAAAGACGGCGUUGACUGCGCAGAGGGCGAGCCGUUUUACUGA